ACCUGUUGGACAUGAUCUACAUCGACUCAGCCUAUCCUGCAUCAGACAGUAUCAUAGAGACAGAGCAGCGGACCAAUCAGAUGAACAACCUUCUGAGGGUCAUCUCUGACCUGCAGAUGUCAUGUAACUAUGAUCACCUUGUGACCCUACCACAUGUCCAGAAGUAUCUGUUGUCAGUUCGCUACAUAGAGGAACUCCAGAAGUUUGUAGAAGAUGACAACUUCAAGCUGUCUCUGAAGAUUGAACCUGGCAACAGUUCCCCUCGCAUCAUUUCUUCUAAAGAAGACCUGACAGGUCUGUCUGAGGUAUCUGCCUCUCUGAGGUAUAACCGACGGCCUACCUGCCCUGAUGCCUCUGUGGGGGUUCAUAUCCCCACCCCUCCUCCCUCCCACCACAGGAAGAGCCAUAGUCUGGGAAACAAUAUGAUGUGUCAGUAUGGCAUGUCAGAGAGCAGGAGUGCCACCUUUCCCAUUGAGAAGGCAAGACACCUGCUGGAUGACAGCUUCUUAGAGUCUCAGAGUCCUGUCAGAAAUGAUCCCCACAGUACAUCUGUGUCCAAUGGCCUGUCAUUAGGCAGCAGUGAAAGCUCUUUUGGGGAGGAACUGUCACCUGGAAUGGAGAGGGGCCGCAUGUACGCAACACUGGGCCCCAACUGGAGGGUCCCACUUCGCAACUCCCCCCGGAGCCGCAGCUAUGUUUACAGCUCGUCUGCUGCCAACUCCUGCUAUGGAUGCAGUGAGGUCGGUAGUGUGACCAUUGAAGGACCCCUGCGAAGGAAAACACUGCUGAAGGAGGGACGGAAACCCAAGUUGUCAUCAUGGACCAGAUUUUGGAUCACUCUGACUGGAUCAACACUGACAUUCUAUGGGGCAAAAUCACUGAGGGCUUCUGAGAGGAAACAUUAUAAAUCCAACCCCUGUAAGAAGGUGUGUGUGACUGGAUGGAUGGCGGUGCUGCCAGAUGACCCAGCCAGACCCAACAUCUUCCAGCUCAAUGACCCAGACAAAGGUAAUGUUUACAAGUUCCAGACAGGAUCCAGGUUUUCAGCCAUCAUCUGGCACAAAAACCUGGAGGAGGCUUGUAGGAGCAGUAGACCUCAGAUACCAGCAAACCUCAUGUCAUUUGAAUGAGAGCAGACCUUACCUGGGGGGGACAUUAUUGUGCCAAACCCAUUUGUUUGGGAAGUACAGACUACAGUUGAUUGGUAUCUAAUGUAAUGGGAGAGUCAAGAAGCAUCUGAAGAAGCUCUUUGAUACUGGAUGUGUGACUCCAUAUGCCAAUACACCUCCUUACUUCUUCACCAUGACUAAGUGUAAAGUAAAUUUUGGAAAAAACCCAGUCAGUGGAAGACUGGUGAGGCUGUCCCCUUGUUUCUUUCUCUAAGCUUCCUUGUUCACUGUCAUUUGUUACGCUGCUAUAAACGUGAGCAAGCACAUAGUUUUUUUGGCCCAUGUUGGGUUUCUGCUUGGGUGAAAAGAUGCAUCAUUGCACAAAUGUGGGCGACAGUGUUAGCUGAAUGAUGUUGAUCUUCGGUUUGCAGACUAGUAUUAUAUGACCUUCAAUUGGGGCUCAGGUUUUCCAUAAGAAAAGUGGAAAAAGACACCCCUCUUGUUCAAGUGGUUAAAUCCAUGAAAAUACUAUUGCAAGGCAACUAAGAAAAACAUCGAUGCGUACUUGUUUUGUUGUCAAAUAGGGUAAAAGAUUUCAUUUUUUCUGCAUUUCAAUAUCAUAUGAGGGAGAGGAGUAAUAACAAGACACAUCCCAAAUUGUGAUCUUGGAUCAAUCAGAAAAGCUGUGCAUUUGUGAGCAUGAAAAACAUGAACCAGUUUGAAGGCCUCAUUACUACCAUGUAAGAUCAGCAUUGCAGCGAAAAGAACAGACGAUGACUCUUAUCACCUUCAGCACUGCGACAGCUGGACUGAAUUUGUUCCAAAAGAAGAUCAUUUGUAGUCAUACAAAAACAAUAUAGAGCAAUGAUUUUCUUUUAGAGCUGGUUUUCAAUUGGUAAAAUAAGGACGCAGCCCUCAAUCAGUUCACCUGUUCACCCCUUGCUACCUCAGUUGGUAGUCCUCCUGUAUAAGGUGUUUGCUGAUGUACAUAGCAAGGUUAUUUAAAAUUAAUGUUUUCUACUGAACAAAUCAAAAUUUGUCAAACACCAGGAAAAUGGUACUGAAAAAGGUGGUAACUAUAAUAAAUUAUGCAGAGAACAGCCAGCCGUUGUCCAUACUAGUAUGCCAAGGCAGCUGGCCGAGUGAAUUUAAAGCAAUUUACAAUGAAGUACCAAGCUUUCAACAAUCAUAUGUGUGAUGUGUGUGUAAAUACUGUAUUUAUUUGUAAAAGAGUUUAUUUUUGACAAUUGGAAAAACAAUAGGAAAUGGUACGAUGGAUUAUCUUGGAUUCACCACCUGCUGAGGGAAGCUGCUCCUCAGAUACUGUUGGUGGGAAGCUAGGCUAGUACUUUGUUAGGCUCCUGAUCUCACACUGAAGGACACUGGGCUAAGGGAAGACUCCAUCAGCAUUGGUACUGUUAAAUAACCUGCUUCAAAAGUACAAUGUUAUGCUGAAUUAAAACAAUUCUGCUUUAUUACAACUUGUAUUGUAUUUUCAUAGGUUUGGCAAUCCACUUAUCAGUAAUAAUAUUGUUCUACAAGGCAAUUUCUGGGAUUUUUAAACACAACAAGUGAAAGGAGGUUAAAUAUCUUGGAGUCUUGUUCACUAGUGAAGGAAAGAUGAAGUGCAAGAUCAACAGGUGGUUUAGCACCACAUCUGUGGUAAUGUGGGUAUUAUGACAGUGGUGAAGCGACAGUGGUGAGCCUGAAGUCAAGGCUCUCGAUAAUUGUUUAAUUAUCUGUCAUUUUCAGACAGUUUCUCUGAGAAGACAUUUAUAGCGUUGACCUCGGUUGUUCAAAUGAAAAGUGACAGAAGUAGUUGUUUAACAAAUACAAAAGAAAAGACCUAGAGAGGGAAGUUCAAACCCUGAUGAUGUUCUUACCGCCACACAGCUGGUCAAUCGCAGUGUCAAGUGGCUGUGAAUGUUAGAUUGUUGGUUUUGGAAAGUUACAGAAAUCGUUGGACAAAGCCUCCCAUUUCCAACACUGGAAAGGUGUGGGAGAGGAGGUUUUCAGAGCUGUUUGGCCAUCCAACAAGCACUAACGAUGGAGUAUACUCGAACCUUUAUCAUUGUCACAUAGUUGAACAAAGUCUGACACACCUCCCUCCACACCUUUCCGAAGUUGAAAUUGAGAGGCUUUCCGAAACCAACAAUCCAAUAUUUUUUAAGCACUUUAAGCAGUAAUUAACCAGGUGUGUGGAGGUUAGAAAGUAGAUAAUAUAAAGAGCUUCUCUCUCUAGCUCUAGUUACACAAUCACUUAUGUCUCCUUUUUCUUGGAUGUACAAAUGGGUGCAAAAGAAGAUUGUUGAAAAGUGUUUAAUGUUAUACCCAUUUGUACAAUUUAUCUUGGACAACCAGCCCCCCCCCCAGCGUGGCCAUUUAGAACACUUAUAAACACUUGUUCCCUCAGACAGGGCGCGAUAACAUUUUGUAUGGACUAGCUUAUUUAAAGCAUUCCCAGGCCUUGAGAGGGUUAGACAUCAGGAAGGAGAUUGAAAUAGAGCUACAUGCUCUUUCACAUUGAAAGCAGUCAGCUGAGGUGGUUCGGUAUUAUAAUGCCUCCUUAAUGCCUUUCUGUCAAGAUUUUUAUCCAACCAGGGGAAGGUCUGACCCAGAAUAUGCUGGAGCGAUUGUCCUGAAAUUGCCUAUCCAGACCUGAAGGGUGUGGUUGGGAGAAAGAUCUAUGGGCUACUUUGUUAAGCCUGCUGCCACCACAACUCAGGACAACAUCACAAAAAUGUCUGACAGAUCAGAAACACAAGCAGUCGGACAUGUUGGACGAAAAUCUCCAGAUUAUUAAAAUUUAUUAGAAAGAUAAAACAAAGGCAAAAUUAUUACCAAACAGUGCAUUGUAAACAUCCAUCGCAGUUAACAGAUCCAUAUCUUGCUUCACCUUAGACCUACUAUACUUCUUGUAGUUAUGUACAGACAUAUUUCAAGUGCACUCACUUUCAGUUUGACCUCUAAAUAAAGGGGUUUAAAUAAUCUGAAUAAACUUCUGGUUUCUUGCCCCAUUAGAUUUUGCAAUAGAGAUCUAUUGAUGCCAUGUUUGCAGAUCUUUGUUACUUUAGGGACGGUGUUAUAACUGAUGGAAACAAUGGUAAAAGCUAUAAAAAUAAGAUCCAAGUUAUAAUAAACCAGAAUUAGUAAAACUCUAAAUUGUAAACGAAAUGUUAAAAAUUUAGUAAUAUAUGUCAUAAUUCUAAUUUUUCCCUGUUGUAAAUCAUGGUAACUGUUAGUCAUUUAUGAUUUCAACCACAACGGUGAUAAAAAAUACUGAAAAACAAUAACAAAAUCAUCACUUAGGUAACCAUGUUGUUAAAAAUCUAACAUGUUUAAUAUUCUUUGUUCUCAUUCAUGUAUUGUCCUUGACCAAAAUUUGUGUGGACGAAUAGUCAGGAUUUCCUCAACUAAUCGAUUGAUUCUCCACUACUCCACUUGUCCAUUUGUAGAUGAAUGCAGUCAUGAGGGCUCUCUUAAAUAAUAGGGGACCAUAGUGGUGUUAAUGCCGUUUUAAGCUUAUCUACUAUGGGAUGAUAACUUAGAAACACUCUUAUGGUCCAUUAAUAAAAGGCAAAAACACAUUUCUUCAUAUUGUAAUGCUAGAGAUAUAGCUGUAAUUUUCCUCUAACCACUGGUAAAUAAAACGUCAUUCCUCAUAAAUAAACCAUAAAAUGUCCACUCUUACCACACUUCACCUGUAAAUGACUGAGCCUUUGUUCGUCUUUAGUAUUUAGUAUUCUUUUAUUAUUGCAGUACAGGUGAACAAGGUUUUCUGCAGUGAUUAAAUAUUAAUCGAUGCAUCACAUUUUUGAUUCGGAGUGGAUCCAAAUAUUUUGCUUUCAUGUCACUCUGCUUUUGAUGUACAGUGUAUUCAACUUUAUUUUACAUUAUUUAUUUGAAGGAUAAAAGUUCAGUAAAGGAACAGAAUUAAAGAAAGAUGUUGAAAAUGUUCAGGUAAUAGCAUAUCUUUGUUUAAUAUCUUGACCAGGGUCAGAUAUACUGUAAAAUUCAGUAUUCAUUUCAUCUAUACUGGACAUUAGCAGUCAGAAGGUAUUAACACAGUGAUAUUUUUUUGUCGUACUGGUUUUGCUUUCUACCACAACUAAAUUUAACCAUGACCAUGAGGUUAAACUCGGGACUUCCGAUUUUAAUUCUAAUGUGUAUGCAUCAUCAGUUGAACUGUGUAUGAUAAAUAUAUGUAGCGCUUUUUGAACAUAAUCGCCAAUUUUAGGUGACAGAAAGUAAAUAGACAACCUAGGGGGAUUUUUGCUUGAAGUCUGGUCUUCAGCAAAUGAAACACAUGAUCAGUUGGAUGAUUGUUAUGCCAUAAAAAAGUGGUUACUUAGUUACUUAGGAUCAAUGUACUCAAUUGUAUUAAAAUUGGGACAGUCUGUAUAAAAAUCCUAUACUGUUCCCCUAUUACAGAUAUGAUAUACACCCUCACACAUCUUAAAAGCAGAUAGUUAGUGCUUUGAUCUCAUAGUCAGUGCUCAUUAUUCCAUUAUACUCGAGUUCAACCAAUACAAUAAAAAGCAAUGUCACUAUCCAAAAUCCUUUCGGAUUGCCCUGUAGGUCCAGGAUGUGUUAGUCUAGCUACAGCACAAAGACUGUAAGCAGGGGGAGAGAGCUUGCCUACCUUUGUCAGUGGGGCCUUCUAGCAGCUUCAGAGCUUUUUCAUUUACAUGUGAUCUUCAAGCUAGUCACCAUUUCAUCGAAGAGUCACUUUGAUUAUGCUCAGAGUUACUAUUGUUCAAACCUGGCAACCCCACUAUGAGGACAGGAACUCUAAAUGCUGUGAGGAGGGCUGGGUAUCAAAGCUCAAUUCUCUCAGUAUCGACUAAAAUGUUUCUGUAUCACUUAGAAUCAAAAACUGAUAAUUACCAGAAGCUGGCAUUGAAUGUCUGUUUAGAUUUAUAAUCUUGCUGAUUUAUUCUUUGAUCAUUGGAAAGUUUAGGACUCUUGAAAAAAUAAAAAAUAAAGUGUUGAAAAAUUAAAAGUAUGAUUAUAUUUAUGAAAGUGAGCUAUCAGAAAAAAUAUCCUUUUGCUAUUGGUACCGAAACGUGGGUAUCAUAGUGGAACAAUUGAAAAAUUUCAAAUGGUAGCUGCAUGACAUUACACUGCCCAGGGCUUUAUUCACUUCUGAUGUAGCUAGACUAGCAGUUUCUUCCUGCUUCCGGGCGUUGUGCUCCAGCUUGGAUAAACACCCAACCAAGGUGACCUGGAUGUACAAACAUGAAACUGAUGUUGAUCUUCUCAUUUGAAUUUCAAAAAAGCUUUUAAUAGGCAUGUGUUUUUAUCAACUUUUGCUGUGCGUUUACAAGGAAUAGGGGUGGAUAAUUUGUAAAAUAACAAGAUAAAAUGAUCUGUUGUCAUACCCAAAAAAAAAAUGUUCUGUUAAAACAGAAUAAUUUGAUAUAUAACAAGAAUUUGGGAAUAACUAAGAAAAUGUGUCAUUAUAUCUUGUUAUGACUCAAAAGGAAUCUCAAAACAAGAAACCUUUAUAGUAUCUAUAAUAAAAAAAAUAUCUAAUAUUUUUUGUCAUGGUGGCAGCAAUACACCGCAGUUUUUGGUUACCUGACAAAUCAACUAUUCAUACAAAAAUCCAAUACUGUCAUAUAGCAAUCCUGCUUAGUGAUGUGCAACAUUUGCAAUACUGUGGCCACAAUAACCAUUACUACCAGAGAUUUUAAAGGGAGAGCUACCAAUGGUUGGGCAAAAUUUUAGGCAGCUGACAAAUUUAUAUCACAUAAUUUGUUUUAUAAUUUUUUAUUGUCAUAUCACCCAAACCUAACCUGAAGUAUUAAAAAGUAUAUCUGCUAGGGGGCAACUGAUGAAAGCUUUCUGCCAUUUUGUUGUUUGUUCAGUGUACUGCUGACCUGACUUCAUUUCAUAGUAUCUGACAUACUGUUCAAGUGCCUAAUGGCAUCUUGCUUGUUGGAUAACAUUAUACAGGUAUGUAGGAAUAUAGGUAGUAGCCAUCAUGCACACACAAAUGGUUAAUUAAAAGCAAGUAUAUCACGAGCCAAAGCGGAACAUUCUCCAAAAUGUCAAACAAAUACUUUGCCAUGAUUUUGCUUGGAUUGUUAAAUAAUUGUUUUCCAUCAUAGUGUUUAUGACCUUAUCUCUAUAAAGUUGUUAUACUUAAUGUAAUUUUUUAUAACCAAUGCUGAUGGAUCUUUGAGUGACUAAUCAAAACAUCAGGACUAAAGUUUAGCCUGUUACUCAAGUGAACCGCAGUUAAUCAGUUUAAAAAUGUUUGUUUUUAUAUUUGUUCUCCAAAUACUUAUUAACAUCCCACUAUCAUGUCAGUAUUUGCCAGUGAGUUUUUCAAAAUGCAGCCAUUGUUAGUUUAGAUGCAGACUGACCCAAGAUUUAUCUCACAAAUUUUGACUCAAGCAGCUGUCUGGCAGUGCUUUUUUUUUUUUUUAUAACUGAUUAUCCAAAUACAUUUAUCCAAAUGUAGUGUAUUUUAGCAUCAGUUUUUAUAUGAUUACAUCAUACCACUACAGUUUGUUUUUAUUAAGUAUUUCAACCAUUAUUACUUUACUCCUUUCUUUCAAUUGUUUUGAUACCUGUAUAUGUCAGAUCUGAACAUAUUUCUGUUUUUAACCAGUUCCACAGAGGAAUAACUGAUUGUGUUUUAUGCGACAUUGCAUGUUUUGUGUACACAAUUUCUAGUGUUGUGACUGUGAAAAAGGUAACUACUGGGUUGUGAUAAUCAGUCUGUGAUUAUUUUUGCUAAGUUAUUUCUUACCAUGGCAUUGCAAUAUGUUGCUGUGUUUUUCAGCUUCAGACCCUGAAUUGAGAA